UAAGAUGGUAUAUGAUAGUACUAGUAUUAGAUGAUACAUCCGUCGUUUAGAGGCGAUGCCGCCAGUCCGAGCAGGUCUUGGUUGGCCUGGAUAAACAGAAUUUCCCGGGCGUGGGUCGACAACAAGUGCCGAUGCUUCUGAACCAUGGGGUGUAUCUGCUUGGGGGCGGCGGGUACACAGAGGACGGAGCGGGCGGCGCGGGACAGCAACGGGUACCGCGGGGCCUGCCGCCUCCACCACCCGAGGGGGUUGGCGGCGUCGUGACUUGUCGCCUUGUCUGGGGUCACGGGCGCAAUAGUAGCAUUGGACCCGUCAAAGUACUUGGUCAUUUCACACUCGACGCGAUCGGCGAUGGACACGCUGUCGUUGGGCUCGCCACCACCUGCAUUAUCAUCACCCACAACAACAACCUCCUCUUCGUCGUCCGAGUCGCCGCCAUACAUGGACAGAAUGGACGCCGCCAUCAUGGGGGUCUUCUCCGACUGAUACGAUAUAUUACUGGCUUUGAGCUUGACCAAUGGUGCCAACUCGAUCAAUUGCAACCGCAGCGUAUCCUUUGCCAAAGUGAUCUCGUCCACAGACACACCAAACUUGAUCACCCGUUUUCGCUGUCGUGGGUCGAGUAACGCUGCCAGAAUUUGUGUGGGGGAGAGCGUCCACUGCUGCAACCGACGCAGUGCGGCCGCCUUUACCGCGCCCACCACCGCCGCGUCCUCCUCUUCUUCAUUCGCGUCUUCUUGUCCUUUGGAGACCGCCGCAUCGGCACACUGUCGGCGGCAGUGCUGGCGCAGCACAUGCCGCCAAUAACACACCGUGUGCACCGUGGGUUGUGUGGGUUCCGUCGUUUGAAACGUUUCCAUCGCUGUUCCGAACGGGGUGCAAAACGCCAGCCACUGCCGAACACGCCCCGUCUUGUCCGACGUGGUUGGAGAUUGGUCCCACUGCGUUCGGAGCGCUUCUAACGCACGCACGAGCGCUUGCCACGUCAUCGCCCCCAUGAGGUCGACAGCCGCCGCGAGGACCGGAUCCCCAACACCUUCCACCAAAUCGCACAGAAUCGCGUCUAAUUCCACCGAUGCAAACGUUUGAUACGGUAGCAGCCGUAGGUUGGCCUACGUCAGCCAGCGACUGUUGGGCCAACGACUGUAGAGUCUUGGUCGCCAACGGAACGUUCUUGACCGACUCAUGGGCGGCGGCGACAAUGGCGGCUUUUCCUGGACCAUCACCUGUAGUACUAGUAGUACUAGUAUCAGUAGUAGUACUAGUAGAAGUCGCUCCAUGUGGUGCGUCCUCGUGUACGUCCAAGAGACGGUGGUGCAAGACAAAGUCGGCAUCGAUAAAGUGGAUGGAUAGCGCGACCAUGAGCUUGUUCUUGUAUUGCGGGACAUGAGAACGCGGCGGCGUACCAUCAUGGACGACGGCGGCGGCCCGCCAGUGGGUGCAUGUCACCGCAACAUGUUCGUGAACGAGUCGGUCUGCUAACGCCGCUUUGGCCACCGCAAACCGCCGGGCGAGUUGUGCUUGCACUUGGUGGGUAUCUGGCAUUGUCCACUGGGAUAUGGACGAUGGAUGGCGGGCGCCGACUUGCAUCAACGUGUGGCACAACCGCCGAAAGCCGGCGCCGUCCACGACGUCCACGGGAAGGAUGUCGUGGGUGACCAGAUGCAGCAGGUCCGCGCUGACUCUGGCUUUGGCCACGUCGAGCGCUUUCCGCAUCGCACAUACAUGACUGAGCAGCGACGACGUACCGUUCUUGGUCUUGAACAUGUACACGGCUUUGCACUCAUAGCAUCCGACGAGGUAAGCCCCUCCUUCCAUCAAGAGCGUGUUGUGCCGGUACACGAACCCAAACCGACUCCAGCACUCGGCCUUGCUGUCGCCCACGUUGGGCCGCAAAUCGUACGGCGACGAUGGAGAUCCAUCUGCCGCGGCUGCCAGAAGACUGGCGGUGAUGGACUGUUUGAGCAUGUCCAUGGCCUUCUUUGGGGGUAACAUGGUGGGAUGCAUCGACGAGGAGGACGAUGUGACAGCGUGGUGGUGGUGGUGGUAGUUGGUUAGAAACAGCUGCGACGACGUCACGUCGCUGUCUGGGCUACUCGACGUGCCAUGAAACACUCGCUUCGAGUUGUGAUGUGGUUGGGAAGAAGCGAUGGUGGAGUUGGGGCCCCCGUGGAGGUACUCUGUCGCAGAUCGUUUCAUUCCUGGAUUCGCAUGGUGGGUUGUUGGUUUCCGUGGUGUCGUGUCCACAAGCAUGGGAUGGUGUCCUCCAAACGAAGAGGGUGAUGACGCCGUGGCGCAUGCAUGCGUCGUCAUCGUGGACGUGCCGUUGCGGACCUUGUACUGGUACACAACCUUGCAGUGAAAGCACGCGACGUACGUUGACUCGAACGCUUCGAACGGCGCGCCAUGCUGAUACACGUGACCGAAGCGCUUCCAGCAGUCGGACUUGGUGGCCACUGGGUUCGAGUGUAGCGUGAAUCCUUUCUCCACGUCCAUGUCGACCAGCGCCUUUGUGAUCUCGCGCUUCAACGUGUCCAGCUCGGGGUUCUUUGGCUUGCGCAGUGUCGGCGGAUCCUUCUUGCCACCGUCGUUGUUGUCCGAGGUGGCACGCUCGUGCGGGCACUUGUGUCCCAUGAUCGUAGACGUACCGUUCUUGCUCUUGAACGUGUACACGGUGUGGCACGCAAAGCACGCGA